AACAGACUGCCUGAACAGCAAGUGCCUGUCUGCCUCCGCUGUAUAAAAGCAGCAGUCGUAGACUAACAGACACUCACUCAUUUCGAGACGACCAUGAGAGCUGCAGCCAUCCCCAUGCCAAGGUUGGACAAAAUGCCCGGAAUGUUCUUCUCUGCUAGCCCAAAGGAUUCCAAAGAGCAUAGCCCUUCUCUUCUAGAUGACAAAAAGCAGAAAAAGAGGCCAAAGACUUUUGGAAUGGAUAUGAAAGCAUACCUGCGAUCUAUGAUCCCACAUCUGGAAUCUGGGAUGAAAACGUCCAAGUCCAAAGACAUGCUUUCUGCUGAAGAAGUAAUUCAGUGGUCUCAGUCUCUGGAAAAACUCCUUGCCAAUCAGACUGGUCAAAAUGUCUUUGGAAAAUUUCUAAAGUCUGAGUUCAGUGAAGAGAAUAUUGAGUUCUGGUUGGCUUGUGAAGACUAUAAGAAAACAGAGAGUGAUCUUUUGCAUAACAAAGCAGAGAAUAUAUACAAAGCAUUUGUGCAUUCAGACGCCGUGAAACAAAUCAAUAUUGACUUUCAUACUCGAGAAUCAACAGCCAAGAAGAUUAAAACACCAACUCCCACAUCUUUUGAUGAAGCACAAAAAGUCAUAUAUACACUUAUGGAAAAGGAUUCUUAUCCCCGGUUCCUGAAAUCAAAUAUUUACUUAAAUCUUCUAAAUGACCUUCAGGCGAAUACCUUAAAGUGAGUGGUUCUGGGCUGACAGGAAUUAAAAGAUGGUAUCAAGGACAAAGGAAUGUGCCAAUGAGACUGCCUGCAAGACCAGGCUGGCCUGCCUGAGUGACUUGUCAGGCCCUGCGGAAGUUCAGAUGGCUCAGAAUGGUUUAAUUAACACAAGGUACCCAAGUAGAGACUUGAGGAAGCAUCUGCAAGAAGAACAUGGCAAGGCAAAUGGAAGGAGAUACUGUGGUACUGUCAUGAAAUACAGUGGAACUCUAUUAAAACAACCCUCCAAAAUGGGAAGGUCAGCUGACUCUGGCAACACAGAAACUGUGAAUAAUUUGUAUGAGACUGAUUACUAUGUGCUUCAAGGACAGCAAACAUGUAUGCUACACACUGUUGAGUAGAAUGUGUUGAACUCUUGCAAUUUUCUUCCUGUGGAUAAUCAGUCCAAAAGAAUAUGUUGCACUUAUCAGUGGCUAUUAUUAACAUGAAGAAUUUUGUAUGUUUAUUUAAUUGCAUUUGGCUUGGAGUUGAGGAAGACAUUUAUAUAUUUAACCUAUUUUUUAAAUCUAAGAAGUUACAACAUUUGUAAAUUAAAUUAUCACUGUUUCAAUAAUAAAUGUGAGCAUUAUAUUAAAAUAUAGAGAGAAAUGUCUUCUGUUUUAUUGCUAUUUUGAUCCUGGAAUCUAUUACUCUGAUUUAAAAAAUUGAAUGUGGUUACUACACAUAUUAAAAUGGAUGAGGGAAAGCUCAUGAUGUCUCAACCCAACGCAAAGAACUAUAGGUACCUAAGGAAAGCUAAAAGUGGGAAAUACUCUUAUCUGGGGAAGAGCAAAACAGUUGGCUAUCCAAUACCAAACAAUCAGCCCUGACAACAUACUUACAAUUACCAUUAUACAGAAAUAACAUGAUAUUGUAUUGACCAAAGUUUGGAAUGUAUAUACAUACACAUUUAUGUGUGUAACAACACUUAAUGAAAAAAAGAUGUCAUUAGUUUGAGAUAGAACAAGGGGACUGUAUCAGAGAUUUGAGGGAGGGAAGGCAGACGUUUUUAUUUCUAUUGUAAUCUCCAAAA